AUGGCCGACAGCGCCAGCGAGAGCGACACGGACGGCGCGGGGGGCAGCGGCGGCGGGGCGCCGGGCGCGCUGCCGGGCUGCCCGUCCGGGCCUGGCUCGGCGGGGAACACCAAGGCGGGCGGCAUCGUGAUCUCGCCGUUCCGGCUGGAGGAGCUGACGAACCGGCUGGCGUCGCUGCAGCAGGAGAACAAGGUGCUCAAGAUCGAGCUGGAGACCUACAAGCUCAAGUGCAAAGCGCUGCAGGAGGAGAACCGCGACCUGCGCAAGGCCAGCGUCACCAUCCAAGCCAGGGCAGAACAAGAGGAGGAAUUUAUCAGUAAUACUCUGUUUAAGAAGAUUCAAGCUUUACAGAAGGAGAAGGAGACACUUGCAGUGAACUAUGAAAAGGAGGAGGAAUUUCUUACUAAUGAGCUGUCAAGGAAGCUGAUGCAGCUACAGCAUGAGAAGGCGGAACUUGAGCAGCAUUUAGAACAGGAGCAGGAAUUUCAGGUGAACAAAUUGAUGAAGAAAAUUAAAAAACUGGAAAAUGAUACCAUUUCAAAGCAGCUAACCCUGGAGCAGCUAAGAAGAGAGAAGAUUGAUCUUGAAAACACACUAGAACAAGAACAAGAAGCACUAGUGAAUCGCCUCUGGAAGAGAAUGGAUAAGCUUGAAGCAGAAAAGCGAAUUUUGCAGGAGAAGUUAGACCAGCCUGUAUCUGCUCCUCCAUCACCAAGGGACAUAUCAAUGGAGAUAGACUCUCCAGAGAAUAUGAUGCGGCAUAUCAGGUUUCUAAAGAAUGAAGUAGAGAGGUUAAAGAAACAACUCAGAGCUGCACAGUUACAGCAUUCAGAGAAGAUGGCACAGUAUUUAGAGGAAGAGCGUCACAUGAGAGAAGAGAAUUUGAGGCUCCAGAGAAAAUUGCAGAGGGAGAUGGAGCGGAGAGAAGCCUUGUGCAGACAGCUGUCGGAAAGCGAAUCCAGUCUGGAAAUGGAUGAUGAGAGAUAUUUUAAUGAGAUGUCUGCACAAGGAUUAAGACCUCGCACUGUGUCCAGCCCAAUUCCAUAUACGCCUUCACCAAGUUCUAGCAGACCUAUAUCACCUGGUCUCUCAUAUGCAAGUCACACAGUUGGUUUUACUCCCCCAACUUCACUAACAAGAGCCGGCGUGUCUUAUUAUAACUCCCCAGGCCUUCAUGUGCAGCAUAUGGGACCAUCCCAUGGUAUUACAAGACCUUCGCCACGAAGAAGCAACAGCCCUGACAAAUUCAAGCGUCCCACCCCUCCUCCUUCUCCAAAUACUCAGACCCCAGCGCAGCCUGCUCCGCCACCGCCGCCACCGCCUCCACAGCCUGCGGUCCAGUCGUCAGCUCCCCCGUCAGCCACUUUUCAACAUUCAGUGCACCCUUCCUCUCAGCCUUAGUGCAUGUGCUCAACAAACCUGUAUUCAGAGUUGGACUCAUAACACAGAGCAGUUUACUACAAGCCAAAGGCUUACAAUGGUAUAUUUGGAUUUGACUUAUUUGCACUGAAGUUAUUGAGGCUUCACUGUUUAAUUGUGUUGUAGAAGUUUGUCCGAGGGCUGCCUCCCAUGUUAGCACGUUUCCUACCUGGAAGGCACUUCCAUGGGGGAGAAAGCAUGAGACCGGUGUGUGGGCAAUCACAUGAAUACAUAGUGGCUUUACGGCUUUUUUUAAACACCCGGAAGUGCUUUCUGCCCAAGAGGUGUGCUAUAUUUGAAGUUGCUGUAAAGCAGCCAGUGUUGUGACUCUGCAGCACUAAUUAAAAAAAAAUCCAUCAGUGUUUUAUUUCAACUUACAUGUCUGUCCACCCUCUGGCUGGAACAUUUGCUACCUUGUUUGGUAUUACGGCGUUACAUUUUGCUGAGCUCCCAAAGCUUUGUGUUUGUUUCUUUCCUCCACCCCUUUCUUCACUUCUAGGUUUGUAAAAUAAAAGGGACAGCUUUUUAUAUUUUUUCAUCGACAAUUUGCAUAUGAAAUUACAGGCAUGGGCUGUAUAUUACGAAUUCCUAGAUAUCGCAGUGUUUCAAGCAUAAAUAGGAAAACAGCACUCCAUUUCGGUAAUAAAAAUGAUACGGCUUUUAAUACAAAAAUGGAAUUCCAGAUACAUUAAUGCCCAAGCUCACUUUUUUAAUUAUACCCCUUCAUUUUCAGAGACAGCAGUAAAACUGUAAAUGAUAAAAGCGUACCUUUCUCCCAGUGCGUGGUACAGUCUGAAUUGCAGUGUGGGAAGCCUGACUUGUCAGAGUAUACAGAAUGUAUUAAUCCAUGGACCUUAAGAGUUGAUUGUUUCAUUUCUGAUUCACGUUGGCCUGUGAAAUUGUCCAUACUGUUGUCCUCAUCACAAUAAUCUUCUGUAAGUGUGGUUCUGCCAACAAACCCUUGUGGCUGGUUAAAAUGUGCUCUCUGAUUUUCUGCUGUAGAAAAGCAAUUCGUAUUAAAAACAACACGAACAACAACAAAAAGCCUGAUUUCCUUCCCCUUGUUUAAAAUAUAUUAAUUGUGUAACACCCUCCCCUGAAAGUUUGAACCAAUAUUUUAAGCAUUCAAAGAAAAAUCAGAAUGUGAUUGAAAGUGCACAAAAUAGCAGCAUAUUGCUAUAACAGCCGAAAAUGUUGUAUUGCUUGGUAGAAAAGGAACAGAUUACAGAGAAAGUUAGAUGACAAUAGCAAAUGCGUAUUUAGCAGCAUAAGCCGGUACAAUGUAUAAAGAAAUGUAUUCUGAAAUACAUUCUUUCCAUUCAUUUAGCACAAAUAAAUUGUUUGGUUUCA